CGUACCAUAAAGGUACUUGCUCAGCUGUGCAAGCAUCUUUAUGGAGUAUUUAAAUUGACAACAUUUUGACAAUCUGCAAAAAGCAAAUAUUUUUUACGCUGUUAUUUCUAAGUAGUGUAAGGUGUCAAAUAAAAUGCACGGACGAAUAAAAGUUUAUACAUCUGCAGAACAAGAAGAAAUAAAGAAAAAAGAACAAGCAAAGAAAGUUAUAGAGUACAGAAGUGGAAUUAACUUUAUUUUCCAAAAGAGAAAAGAAAAAUCUUGGAAUCAUGAAUUAUUGGGAGCAACUGAGAAAGUACUUGUUCGUAAUGCAGAUAUUUACACUCUUUGGAAUAUUCGAAGAGAAGUACUUAUAAAUAAUAAUUGGUCUAAAAUAGAAAAUGAAGAACAAUUAGAGAAAGAGUUAAUGCUAACUGAAAACUGUUUACGAGAAAAUCCCAAGUCUUACAGUGUUUGGCAUCAUCGAUGUUGGGUUAUUGAUCACAUAAUAGAGCCAAAUUAUAGAAAAGAAUUACUUUUAUGUACAAAGUGCCUAAAUAUUGACGAGAGAAAUUUUCACUGUUGGGAUUACAGAAACUUUAUUGUUCAAAAGGCAGGAGUGGCUGACAACGAAGAAUUUGAAUUUUCUACGGCGAAAAUAUUAAACAAUUUUUCUAAUUAUUCUUCAUGGCAUUAUAGGAGUAAAAUAUUAUCAAAAAUGUUUCCUGACGUCACCCAUACGUUACCGAUCGAAAUUAAUAAGCACAAAGAAGAAUUGGAUUUAGUAAUGCAAGCAACUUUCACUGAUCCCAACGAUACCAGUGCUUGGUUCUAUCAAAGAUGGUUACUGGAAUGUGGUAAAUCUUUAACGAAGAAACUUUGGAGAGCCAAACUGACCACAACUGACGCGCUGGUUGUCUUUCACGAUAACGUUUCAAUCGAAUCACCGAAUAUCAGUUUAUCCAUUGAUGGCAAUAUUUUGGACUGCCAGUGGAAAUCAGUGAAUAAUGAAAAGUUUUCAAAACUAUGGAUCACUAAAUUUCAUCAUCCAUUAAAUAUUACUGACAAUAGUGUCAUUCUUUUAAACUAUGGAACUGAUAUUUAUCCAUUUGAACUUUUAAAUUCUUCAUGGAUUUGUAAAACUGAAUUGCCACUGAACGAGAAAUCUAAUGAAAUCCAACUUCGAGAACAAUUAGUUAAUUAUAAACAGUUAUCGGAAAUGGAACCUCAAAAUAAAUGGGCAUUAUUAACUGGAAUAUUUCUUAUGCAAAGUAUUGACGUAGUUGAAUUUCGUUCAAGUAUUCUUUGUGAUAUAGAUCUAUUAUUGACUGUGGAUAAAAUGCGAUGCAACUAUUACAAAGAUUUAAGGAGUAAAUGUUUGAUAGACAAUUAUUUAUUUAAUUUUUCGCAAGACGAAAAUGAAAACUGUCGCAACUGUCAAGCAAAUCUUUCUGGCCUGGGAUUGACAAUUUUAUAUAAAGAGAACUACUUAUCCUUUCUUCAAGAAAUCAAUUUAGAUUCUAAUAAUUUGGGAAAUUGUUUACAACGAUUGUCUUCAUUAAUAGAAUGUAAAAAAUUAUCCCUAUCAAAUAAUGGUGUAAGUUCCACAGAACAUUUUCCUAUUUUGCCUAAACUUGAAGUGUUAACGCUCAGGAGUAACGAUAUAUCUAGUGUAGAAGAUGUUUUCCAUUUAUUGAAACAAAACAACUUGUCAGAAUUGGACAUUCGAGAUAAUCCUGUGUCUAAACUUGAUGCAAAGCAAUUUGAAAAUAUGCUUCUGUCAACAAAUGUAAUAAUAAAAUAAUUCUUCUCUUUA